GUUUUAAAUAAAAAAUGUACUGUAUCGAAGGAGCGGGGGUAAGGCAUUCGUGGUGGUUGUUAAGCAUCACGAUGUAUUCAUUUAGAUUAAUUGUAGGAGCGCUCUGUUUUUUAAUUUGAGUCAUUUGUGUGUGAUGGUGCAGAAAGCUCUGUUGCUCGGGGCAACAGCUUGCAUUGGAACCAGGACGUUUGUUCUUUUAAGAGCACAUAAACAGGCUUUUCACUUUGGGUUUGCUGGUCAUCCUUGCUUGGCUGCCUCUCUGUAACAUGAUACCCCUCCCUCUAUGUAUUGACUGUCAGCUGUUUCCAACAAUGGAUCUGCUUCUUGGAAACAGACAGAGCAAACACACCGCAACGGAACAGGUGGUGUUUCAUAGCAUUGAAAUGCAGAAGCGUACAAACGAGAUGACUUCUCAACAAAAGUCUGAGAGAGUAGUGAGGGACGCUGUUACUGGAGCUGCAAGUCACACCCAGUUUCCUGUUUCUGGGGAGAAGGUAUCUGUGCCGGGAGCCACAGCAGGUAAAAGAAAGGAAAAACGGAACAAUCUGGAUGGAACCCAAACAGGAUCUGCUUUGUGUCCAAAGGAAGGACGACAGGUUGUUACCAAAGGGUUUACAAUAAAACCAAUUGUCCCUGCAAAGAAGAGCGAUGUUCUGUCAGUUGCCAAAGCCAUGCACAGAGAGAAAUUUGGAGAGAGAGUGAAAGAACUGUUUGAUCCAGAGAGGGAUGCUGCACUGAAGGCAAUACAAACAGGUAUUUACAUUGGAUGGAGAUCUCCUGAGUACUCCUGGGAUUGCUUCCGACUUGGAGAUGCGUCCAAGUGUUUCUGUGGACACCUACUGAAUGAACACAAGAGUUACUCAGGUGUGCUGAAUUAUUCAUUUUGUUAUCCCUUAACAAACCACGAGCGCAAGAGUCAUCAGAUUUGGGUUACCACACUGACGAAUCACCAUGUACAAUACAUACUGCCCAUAACCAGGGAGAGAGGCAGAUAGAUAAGUUCCUGCUUUUUGUAAUUGUAACUACUACAUUUGGUGACAUUGUAAGGUGGUGUUUGAAUUGGCUGAGUUUGUGUGUGAUUAGUACCAGGUGAGUGGCUAAAUUGAUUAGCAGUUGAUUUUGCUAUUUGAUUGGUUUCCACACAGUUUAGUUGGUUCUUUUGCCAAGCAGGGGUAACAACAUUUAUUCAAGCAGCUUAUUUUAGCGCCAGCACGAAGCGCCAGCCAACAGAAGAGCCUCAACAAAAGAGCCGGGAGUCUAGCUGUGGGAGUCCAGCGAGGGGAGGCCUGCGCUGAGACGCUGUUCGACUAGAUCCGAACCUACCAGCGCUCUGGAAGAAGCCAUCUACUAGUCAGGUCUGUAUCCUCCACCCCACUGCUCCUACUGUGCCUUUUGUCUUGCUUGUCCUGCUAUGACUGUCUCUCACAUCCCUGUUCUGUCCUCCCGUCCUCGUCCUCUGCCCUCCCUCCGCUACUGCUCCUCCAACCCCUCUAACCUCAUUUCUCUGCCUCUCCCCCCCUCCCGCACACUCUCUGGUGCACUCUGGAACUGUCACUCUUCUGCUAACAAAGCUGAUUUCAUCUCUGCCUUUGCCUCCCACCUCUCGCUCGAUUUCCUUGCUCUCACUGAAACCUGGCUGUCCCCUGAUAACACUGUUACUCCUGCUGCCCUGUCCUCUCUCUACGUCCUGUCCCAUACCCCGCGUCUCACCGGACGGGGAGGUGGGACGGGUCUUCUCCUCUCUCCCUCCUUACUCU